AUGUGCUCGUCCAAGGGGACCUCUGAGAUGGAACUACGUGCUAGUCGCCGCCCCCAUUGCUUUUUGGCCUGGACUUUGACUGUCGAUCGCCAACCACUACCGGGUCUAACACUGCGCUUUCUCCUAAUAACCACGACUAAGGCGACAGCCUCGAACGCUGAAUACCGAUUACUGAACAUUACCAUAUGUACUAAAAACCAUCGGAAUGGUCUCGCACCAAUUGCGAUACCAUUUACAUUACAGCAUAUUAGGGCAACACGAUAUUUCGGCCCCAUCAUACCUGUCUGGCACAAGCUUACAGACACGUUCCAAAACGCCACUAGCAAAUCAACCCAAAUUGGCGCAAUGAAGAUCUUCGGAAUUAUCGGGCACUACCAAGGAGUUUUUGGGCCGAGGGAUCUCUCUCCCGAACUUUACAAAUCUUACCAGACCCUUAUCCUCGGAACAUGA